GUGUGUGGAAGUCUGCAAGGAGAGCGAGCCACCUAGCAUGGCCACGCCCAACCAGUCAGUAGAAGGCUUUCCCCAGGAGGCCUCCAACAGAUCCCUGAACACUACCGAAACGCCGGAGGCCUGGGAUCCAGGGAUCCUACAGGCGCUCAAGAUCUCCCUGGCCGUGGUCCUUUCCAUCAUCACGCUGGCCACCCUCCUGUCCAACGCCUUUGUACUUACCACCAUCCUGCACACCAGAAAGCUGCACACCCCGGCCAACUAUCUCAUUGGCUCCCUGGCCACCACCGACCUCCUGGUUUCCAUCUUGGUCAUGCCCAUCAGCAUCGCCUAUACCAUUACCCGCACCUGGAACUUUGGCCAAAUCCUGUGUGACAUCUGGGUGUCUUCUGACAUCACGUGCUGCACCGCCUCCAUCCUGCACCUCUGCGUCAUUGCUCUGGACAGGUACUGGGCCAUCACCGAUGCCCUGGAGUACAGUAAGCGCCGGACGGCUGGCCACGCGGCUGCUAUGAUCGCCGUGGUCUGGGUCAUCUCCAUCUGCAUCUCCAUCCCACCCCUCUUCUGGCGGCAGGCCAAAGCUCAGGAGGAGAUGUCCGACUGCCUGGUGAACACGUCUCAGAUCUCCUACACCAUCUACUCCACCUGCGGGGCCUUCUACAUCCCGUCCAUCUUGCUCAUCAUCCUCUACGGCCGGAUCUACCUGGCCGCCAGGAACCGCAUCCUGAACCCGCCCUCGCUCUAUGGCAAGCGCUUCACCACGGCGCAGCUCAUCACGGGCUCCGCGGGCUCCUCGCUCUGCUCGCUCAACCCCAGUCUCCACGAGGGCCACUCGCACGCAGCCGGCUCCCCGCUCUUCUUCAACCACGUGAAGAUCAGGCUCGCCGACAGCGUCCUGGAGCGCAAGAGGAUUUCUGCUGCUCGGGAGAGGAAGGCCACCAAGACGCUGGGGAUCAUUCUGGGGGCCUUCAUCGUCUGCUGGCUGCCCUUCUUCGUGGCCUCACUGGUCCUCCCCAUCUGCCGGGAUUCCUGCUGGCUCCACCCCGCCCUCUUUGACUUCUUCACCUGGCUGGGCUAUUUAAACUCACUCAUCAACCCCAUCGUCUACACCGUGUUCAAUGAAGACUUCCGCCACGCGUUCCAGAAAGUGGUCCACGUCCGAAGGGCCUCCGAGUCUCAUUAG